CUCGGUGCAAGUCGUCCCCAGCCGUCGCCUCCACGAUCCGCAGUUCGCGACCCGUCCGUUGAAUUCUUUUUGUGUGAAAUAAGCCAGGCAGAAAACGGGAGACGGUGACACCUUGAGCUCUCAAGCACGGAGCACUCACCCGGCGAUACAGACCCAGCGUUCCAACACCUGAGCGGACUGGACAAGUUUCGCGCACUGCAGAGCCCACACCCGCCAGACCAGAGCAGCCCCUCGGGCACCGAACGCAUCACACACAACCACAGCCAUGGCGCCCUCCUCCUCCACAAGGUCCCUGAUCGGGCUCUUCUCCCGCCUCAGCGUCCGCACAACAACGAUGUCGAAGACGACGACACCUUCCACGACUGCUGCUGCCGCCGCCGCCGCCGCCACCAUCACACAGCAGCAACAGCAACGAUGCCUCUCCACGACCCCGGCCCUCCACGCCGGCGGCGGCGGCGGCAAAAAGUCGUCGUCGUCCAAGAAGAAGAAGCGCGGCGCGGUCGAGAAGGACCAGCGCAUCCUGAACCUCAGGGCGUCGAUGCCCCGCGUCGUCCCUUCGCCCCUGCGGUUCGGCCGCAACCGCUAUCUGCGCCACUGGACGAUCCACCGCGCCUGGCUGCUGUUCCAGCGGCAGCAGCGCGAGGCCAAGGAGAAGGAGCUUGGGAGGAUGUACCAGUCCAUGCAAAACGCCUGCGAGGAGCUCCGCAAGACCAGCGGGCCCGGCCUGCGCGACGAGGGCUACCUGUACCGCGUGGCCAUGGGCAAGCAGGGCAUCUUUGGCAAGUCGUCGGUCCCGAUCGAGUACGCGCGCCUCCAGACCGAGACGCCUGCGCGCGAGCCGUGGAAUCACGACUGGAAGCGGUAAAGAGAUCGGGAGGGCGCUUAGCAGUUGAGUCGGGUAAUCUCCGAAGCGCGACUCCUCCGACGGGACUGUUCAAUCGCGCGCGGAGGGGGUGGGGG